AACAACCAAGAAGUAAUGGAUAGAAGCCCUGCAGCCUCCAAACAACACGUCAGUAAAAUCAUACGAAUACCAAUAGAUUACAUAAUGGACAACGAAGAAAUCUCAGAUACAGACCAAAUACUACCAAAACCUUCACAGCUAAGGUAUUUAGAAUAUGUAGGCCAAUUUCCACCAAACAUGGAAGAAUUUGAGCCUUUGAUGUUGUUACAAGAUGAGGAAUUAGAAGAUAUAAUUAAUGAAGUUGGUGACCGUGAGAAUCUUGAAGAAAUACUGAGAAGGGCCUCUUCACUUGCGGCUUCAAAACUGAAUACAAAAAGUGACCGUGAAGUCCUCAAAGAUCUACUAUCGAACCGCCCUGAACUGAGGCGUAUGAAAAAUGAAGGUCUACUUUCGGACCUGCCACCAUGGCUUCAGAAAAAAAUCGAUAUAUAUCUACAGCUCUCUUCCGAUGAGGACUCUCGCGAUGAGGAUUCUUCUGGUGAGGAUUCUUCCAAUGAGGAUUCUUCAGCAAGCGAAGAUGAGAUUUCUAUCUUGUAUAAGAAUUCACCGGGAGAAAAAUAUCUUGUUGGCUUCAAAGAUGAUUGUUUUCGAUUGCUGUCAGAAUUCAGUGAAUCGAAAAAUAAAAAUUUUGAAGAUUUUGCCAAAGUAUGGAGGAAAAUGAAAUUCUCCAUGAUAUUCGUAUUAUAUGAUUUGGAUAUAUUUCUCAGAGUCGGUGAUGAAAAAAAAUAUAAUGAUAAUAAUGAUGAUGAUGAUGAUGAUAUGGAGGAUGAUGCAGAAGAGGAUGAUGAAAAUGAUGAUGAUAAAGAUGAUGAUGCUGAAGAUGAUGAUGAGGAUGCUGACUUUAUUUUUUAUCAAGAUUUUAAUGAAGAAAUCGAUCCUAGAAUCAAAUUCUUGAAUCUCGCUGUACCGGAAAUGUUUCUUAUUGCAAAAACGUUCAUGCUUCCCGAGUAUCCAAAUUCUUUUAGGAAAGGUGCACUUUACCUGUUAUGUGCUCUGUAUUAUAGACAGCCAUUCAAAAAGGACGACGCAUUAGUUGUUGGGACUUUUGCUCCAACAUUCGACUUGACUGAGCUCUGUCUCUUUCUACAAAUACGUGAUGGGGAAACUGAGGAAGGGAAAAAAAGUCUAGAAGUACUUUUUGAACUAAUGAUUGAAGAUGGUGGCAUCUCACCUGUGAUGCCAUUGCAUGAACCAGCACAUUUUGUUGAUGAAAAUGAUUUGAGAGCGUGGUAUUUCGCAAGGUUGUUACAAGAACACGGUCAAAUCGAAAAUGGUGACUUAAAUAAUGCGGUUGCUGACUACAUCAAUUCCUUCUCCGAAAACUCAGAAUUGAAGCAAUAUGAAUCUUUAUGGAAGUGUGUGGGGAAAAAAGGAUUUCAACAUUCCGACAUACCAACAUUCCCCAAUGAUCCAGAUUCCGAAAUCGCAGAAGGCGAAACCAACGUCAAAACUGUUAGAGAUUACUUGGAUGAGAUUCCUGAUCCACUUCCAACCCCAGACCCACUUCUACCAACCUCUUCUGAAGAUUGCAUUAUGUAAGUAGAAAAAGAAGGAGCUGAAGAGGGAAGUAGAGGGGCUGGAAUGUAAUGUACUUGAAAAGCUCGAAAGUGUACUUGGAGAUCUGGAAUGUAAAGAUGUGGAGACAGAUAAGAAAUAAGAAUAAGCAACCUGGUCACACAGACACCCUACCAGGCAGGCAAGGUUAGGUAUAUUCGUAAAUAAUGUAAUACUUGUAAAUACUAUAAUCAUUUUUUUGAACGUAACUAUAUAGUUACUUAUACUUUUGUAAGAGGUGAUUUAUUUUUUUACAUGAGUGUUACUUUUUUAUUUACUUUGUAAAUUUGUGAGUAUCAUCUGUGAGUAUAUACUAUCAAUAAAUUAAUUAUUCAAAAAUGA